UUAUUUAGCCCAUUUAAUAUUCAGUAUGCAUAAUAAUGCAUUUUAGCCUACUGCUGUAACAGCAGGGAGUAUGAAGAAUGACACGACAGUAUGAUGAAGUAGUCACCACCCACGAUUCCCUUGUAGUGAGAAAAACAUCAUGUUUAAUGUAACCACGAAAACCAAUCAGGCGCGCGUCUGUUUCUCACAGAGCGCGUGAGUGACACCGUGAAAGCGCGCGCUCUUCUCUGCCACAACUCCGCGGAGCGCGAGAGAAGCUGCUAGUCAGCACAACUGGACCAAACUCUUUCAAAAUAGCUCAGAAACUUACCACGUCAGUAUGAUGAAAACGUGUGGAAUUAUUUAAUUUGUACUUCACGUAUUUACAUUCACCAAGUUCUGAGGUUUGAGACUGAGAAGCGAUGAGAUUCCUGAAGAGAAACAGACAACUCAGGUGCGCGGCGGAAACAAAGCCAAAAGAAAGAAGUGCCAGGGAACGUCUACGGGAGUCGAUUCAUGCAGUCUAGCAGCUGUUUCCUUUACGACUCUGAAUGAAAGCCGUUGUGAGCUGGACCUAAGGGACAGUCCGGUAAACGGGUAAAUCAAGGUUUGCGAAAGUGUGUCUGCGCAGACCCUCCACUUACUGUAGUGACUCCCAAAGUGUAUUUUCUACCACAUCAUUCCCUUCAAACUCAGGCGGAAUGGUUGGGCUGGCUAGUCCUCACACCUACUGCAAGAGCUAUUGAGUGGCGGAGUGAGGUCCCACUGAGCAAUUAUCGGGAGCACAACUAUGUGUGUCCCUGAGGAUAUCCUUUCACACUGGUUGAUAGCACCAUGUCUUCUCUCGUCUACAUUGUUCUUGAACUGGUGAUUGCGGUUUUGGCCGUGGCUGGAAAUGUUUUGGUGUGCUGGGCCGUCUGCCUCAACAGCAACCUUCAGAGCAUCACUAACUUCUUUGUGGUGUCGUUGGCCGUGGCGGACAUUGCAGUCGGAGUCCUGGCCAUUCCAUUUGCCGUCACCAUCAGCAUCGGCUUCUGCAGCAAUUUUCAUGGAUGCCUCUUCAUCGCUUGCUUUGUGCUGGUCCUCACGCAGAGCUCCGUCUUCAGUUUGUUGGCCAUUGCCGUGGAUCGAUACAUCGCCAUCAAGAUCCCAUUGAGGUACAACAGCCUCGUCACAGGAAGAAGAGCCAAAGGAAUCAUUGCAGUAUGCUGGAUACUUUCAGUGGUCAUCGGACUGACCCCCAUGUUCGGCUGGAACACCAGCAUCGAUGCAGGCACCAACAGCUCCUGUCCUCAAGGCAUGACAGAAUGCCUAUUCGAAAAAGUGGUCACCAUGGGCUACAUGGUUUACUUCAAUUUUUUCGGCUGCAUUUUGAUCCCGCUGUUUGCCAUGCUGGCAAUCUACACAUGGAUCUUCACGGCCGCACGUCGCCAACUCCGACAGAUGGAGCAAAAGCUAGCGCACCUGCAGGGACACGCACACAAAGAGGGAUCCUCAUCCCGCUCCACACUGCAAAAGGAAGUCCAUGCUGCCAAAUCCCUGGCCAUCAUCGUAGGUCUUUUCGCAGUUUGCUGGCUGCCGCUGCACAUUAUAAACUGCUUCACAUUGUUUUGCCCGCAAUGUGAUCGACCUCAGGAUUGGGUCAUGUACCUGGCCAUCAUCCUUUCGCAUGCUAAUUCAGUAGUCAACCCGUUUAUUUAUGCCUACCGAAUACGUGACUUCAGGCAAACCUUCCGAAGGAUCAUCCGACGACACUUCUUGUGGCAUGAAAGCAGGCUGGCCAUUGGAAACAGCAAUGGAGGCAUGACAGCGUCGUCGGCUGCAGUCAGUGUGAUUGAGACUUCUUGCACAAUGUCCAAUGGCUACGUGAUGGAUGCCGCCAACCCUAUUCCAGGUAUGAUAUCAUGUGACAAUUUUACGAAGGAAUUGCCGGCAAAAAUCAAACCACAAGAAGAAUUCCAAGAUUUAGGAUACAGUUUGAAUGGAUCUUUGGAUCAUUCCUUUAAUGCCAAUUCAACACCGAUUUUUUCAUCGCAUAGCCGAGAGGAAGUCUCCUCCAUUAGGGACCAUGUUGAAAUCACCACUGUAAAAGACUGCAGUGACUUUACUCACGUACAAGACCGAUGUCUGAUGCCCGUAAGAACAAGCAACUCAUCUGGUCUGGCUGAAGUGUCAUGACACAGACUUCUUUUUCACAAUAAGAGUUUUUUCUCAGAAAUGACCCGAAUGUGGCUGGUUUCAUUCUUUGCGAAGUAAUCAGUGGUGUGCGCUGUUGUGUUAGUCAGGGUGACUUCAUACACCGUAUUAUCCAGGGUCAGGAAAGAUAAAGCUAUGAGAGGAUCGCAUGGCUCCUGUGGGAACCCUUACUACACAGAUUCCAGGAAUUCCUUCUUGUCUUUGCAAGCAAACAGUGGUGAUGGUGUUUCCAGAUUUUCAGACCUCAAAAAGAACUUGUUUGCGUUUUGAAGGCCUACGCUUUUCUGAGGAGCUUUAUUAAAAGAACAUUCUUCCAGUUCCAAGGGGGAGUGGCCUAAUGGAUUAAAUCAAUAUUCUGUGGAAUUCAGAUUGAUCUGUUAUGGCCGUGCCAUGAAUGAGCUUACCAUGUGGCACGUUGUAAAGAAGUGUCAUAUUUCUGUAGCAUUUUGUUUUUAGAAUUAUGUCCAAACUGAGAACGUGCACCAUCAACACAUCUACCAGAACACGUGUUGCGCUUUAAAAACAUAGGGCUGCAUGAUUUGUGGAAAACUUCAUUCAUUCAUUUUCUUUUUAGCUUAGACCCUUUAUUUAUCAGGGGUAACGACAGCAGAAUGAACCACCAACUUAUCCAGCAUAUGUUAACGCAGCUGCAACCCAUCACUGGGAAACACCCAUGCACACUCAUUUACACACAUACACUACAGGCAAUUUAGCCGACCCAAUUCACCUAUAGCGACUUUGGGCUUGUGAGGGAAACCAGAGAAACCGGAGAAAACUCACGCAAUCACAGGGAGAACAUGCAAACUCCAAUCAGAAAUGCCAACUGACCCAGCCGAAGCUCGAACCAGCGACCUUCUUGCAGUAAGGGGACAGCGAUACCCACUGCGCUGCCUGGAAAACUUCAAUUAGAUCGAUUUUUAUUGAAUGAAAAAAGGGUGAUUCAGUAAUUAGCACUUCACCUCACAGCAAGAAGAUCGCUGGUUCGAAUCUCGGCUUGGUCAGUUGGCACUUCUGUGUGACUCAGACUCAACUUUAUUAUCCUGUUUAAACUAAAAUUGCAGCAAGGUGCCAUAACACAGGUGAAGUUUCAUGUACACGUUAAGAAAAUGUUACCAUACACGUACAACAUACAAUACAUCAGUUUGUAGGUGCAUCUCCCUCCCCCUGGACUUUAAUGAUCUAACGGCCACCAUUAUAAAAGAAUUUCUAGUUCUGCUUGUCCUGCUAAUAGGAAGUCGAAAACGACAUCCUGAUGGCAGCAGCUGAAACACAGAGUACAAUGGGUGAUCCGGGGUGCAUAGGAGACCCUGAGCUCUCUUUAAAACAUAAUAAAGGUAAAUUACCAUUGGACCAGUUUGGUUAAAACCGAUGAUUUUGCCUGCCAUCUUCACCAAAAAAGUAGUGAUAAUAAUAGUGAUAAUAAGAUUAAUACUUUAUUAAUAAUAAUAUAUACAUUGUAUAAAUGACGAAUUAAUCA